AUGCCGCAAGCGGACAAGACCGACUUUUGGGGCACACUCCUAGCAAGCGCGGAGCGCCGGAAAAGUGCUGGUGAACGCGGUGCCAGUCAGCUUUGCAAUACCAUGGAGAAGAACAAGACACAGAGACAAGGCGGUAACACUCCAGAUGAGAAGGACAGCGACGGCGAUGUAGCCAUGGAAACCGUCGACCCAGCUCUUCUUGAUCGUCCAGGUAACACACCUCUAUCAACUCAUUCUGACACGUCAACUGCAGGCUCUCUCAGAGGCUUGGUUAGCAGAACACGAUAUCGACGCGUCAAGUCGCGCUCUAAAGUGCACAGUACGACUGACAAGAACUAUGUUGGACCAAAACCUAUGGUGCCGAGACACCUGACAACGGAAUUAGAUGACCAGCGCGCCGAGCCUGAUUCGACGAGGCACACUGCGAAGAUGGUGCUUUCGUUUAUUCUGAUUCAGAACAGGCAAGGGAAGACGCGGCUGGCGAAGUGGUAUGCGCCGUACAGUGAUGAGGAGAAGAUCAAGCUAAAGGGCGAGGUACACCGCCUUAUCGCGCCCCGCGACCAAAAACAUCAAUCCAACUUCGUCGAGUUCCGCAACAUGUCCAAGAUCAUAUACCGCCGAUACGCCGGCCUCUUCUUCUGCGCAUGCGUCGACACAAAUGAUAACGAACUGGCAUAUCUAGAAGCUAUCCACUUCUUUGUGGAGGUGCUAGAUGCAUUCUUUGGCAAUGUGUGUGAGCUGGAUUUGGUGUUCAACUUCUAUAAGGUGUAUGCGAUCCUCGACGAAGUGUUCCUGGCAGGCGAGAUCGAAGAGACGAGCAAACAGGUUGUGCUGACGCGAUUGGCACACCUGGAUAAGCUGGAAUAA